ACGCAUGUAAACCAUAAUUCGCGAGGUUACUAAAAACCAACCAUCCACGACGCACGUUCAAUAUCGACUAUAGAAUGAAGAUUCCCUGCUCAAAUAAGAAAGGCUUUUAUUUCUCUUCGAAAACAAGAGCAGGCGGCUGAGCUACAGAAUGUCUUUGCCACCUCCAAACGACUUCGCAUUCGCUUGGCCGCAAAACGAGCCCGCUCCAGAGGAGCCUCUGCCCGGGGAGAGGAGCGCCGCUGUUGACAGUAGUAACAAAGAUGGUCCUCGUCCGCCGGCACUUGUUGCCGCCACUUCUGCUACGACUCCUACGACUUCCCCAUCAAAAACUGUUACAACAAAAGACGAAAACCAAACGACAAUCGACGAUAAACCUGUAACUGCAAAGAACCCGCCACCCGGGCUGAGCCUUCCUUCUCCGGAUCAUAAAGAGGAAGCAUUUGAUGUUUUUUUCACCACGACCGACGUGGUCAACGUGAAUAAAGAAAACGACGGGACGAGUAUCGCAAGAAAAAAGUGUUACAGUUACACAUUGUCAUGCAAGACUGGCAACAGAGACAACCUUUCUCAUGCAGGAAAUGCUUCGGAGCUUCGUUGCUUUCCUGUUUUCCCUUGUAAUCUUCGCAUUACAAGUUUGCUCUACCACACAGAGAAAAUUUGUGAUGCAGAAACUCCAACAAGUGUGUAACUGUAACACUUUUUUCUCGGGAUAGGGAGCAGCUCAACUUCUAGCCGCGCAGAAGGAGAGAAGAGACAGCCUUUUGCGUUGGAGGAAAAUAAAAAAUCUCAAGAAAAUUACAACUACGACCUCCUUGUUGGAGGUGAUUCGUCCGGAACUGUUGCAGCAACUUCGAAAGCUGCGUCGAAAAAGCAGCGCAACCGCAACAGACAUAAGAAGAGGAGCGAAAGUAGUGGAUUUUUAGAUGAACAGAUGCAGCAGCAGCAGCAGCAGCAGCCGACUUUGCUCGAGCACCAGUCUCCGGUCGUCGGGGAAGUUGGACGUCUUUCAGGUGGAAUUAUUAACGCGGGUCUGGAACAAUUACAAUACGAACAACUACAGCUCCAGACGCAACAUGAGUCGCAACCUGUCAACAUCAUGCCGGACAACAUCAAUAAAGCUUGUCAACAUGAUAAUCUUCAUGCUCCUGACGGUAGUGCAAGUACAAGUGCUUCUACUGCUCCGAUAAUUUUUCCUCCACAGCAGCUAGUACCGCUACCGGGGAAAAAGAACAGACACCGUGGCAUAUUGUGAGUAAAAACGUCCCGACCCCAGAGUCAAGGUGGAGAAUCUGCUACACCUGAUUGUUUCGCAUGGCAAAUUUGUCCUCGUAUUGUAAUCCUGCUUAGCUAGUAAAGCAGCGUCACAGAUCUAGCGCAUCGCGCUGAUUAUAGCAUCACAAAUCCCAAAACGCGACAAGAGAAAGCUAGUAGUGUGGCUUCGCAUGAGAGACUUUUUUGGCAUGCGGAUUUGCAUGACAGUUCUGGGGUGGGGACGUUUUUACUCAGGAUACGGCAAGAAAAAGAAGAAGGACGAUGCGGACCUAAUCGCCGCGCACUUUGAACGGGCUUGCGCCGCCCAGAUGCGCGCGGCAGCGGCCGCGGCAGCCGCGAUAGCAACGCCGUCCGUUGCUGGUUUCGUGAUUACUGGGAAAAACAAGAAGAAGAGGAAAAAAACCGCUCCGCCUACUGAUGCGGAGCGGCGAGUAGAAGAACAGGAGAACAUAACUUCUAGUGCCAGCACAGGAACAACUCCUAGUAAAAAUGUGACUACUGUUCCUGCUGCAGCUAGUACCGGAUCCGGAACGAAGAAAAGCAAGAAAAAGAAGACAAAUUCAACAGGGUUGUUGAGCGAACAAGAAGCUGGUCGUGAUGCUUCUAGUUCUGUUGGCGGUGGAGAACAGCUAAAACUACAAGCCGGCGCUGGUAGAAGUGUAGCUAAUGCAGAUGAAAAGUCUUCUACUUCUUCCACGGCAGUAGGCAUAGAGCCGGUAAUUGUAUCGAAACAAGAUUUAUUGGACCAACAAGAACCAGAUAAAGAACAACCGCAGGGAACAACAUCAUCGCCCUCUAAAACUAAAACCACUGGCAAGCAGAAUCCGAAUAAGCGUUUCCGCGGGAAGGCACACGGGACGUACAGGCCACGGACGAUGAGAAACAACUUCUAUUUCGACGAUAACGGUGCGGGAACAUCAAUCGCUGCGAUGGCCGAUUGCUACGCCGGUGCGGUAACUGCCAUGGACUAUUCUUUCUACAACUUCUGGCCGCAUCAAAGUACAACUACUAGUAGUGCCUCGUCUAGUACUUUUACUUCGGCUGCACAGGAGGUGGACAGUUCUACUUGGGACCACAGUACUACUACUUCUGCGCACGACCUGGGGAUGAACCCACUAACCCAGCUGCCGCACGUGGUUCCGACGGCAGACGGCCGGGUGCUGCCGAUUUGCUACUAUAAUCCGUUGGAUAACAUCACGUAUCAGUAUGCGCCGACCCUGCUGCUGCAGCACCCGUACUACGGACUGAUGGGCGCGGCGGCUACAGGUUCUAGUUCUACCGGCAACACGACAAAUGCAACAACGUCAUCAUCCGCUAGUACCUCCUCGUCUACUGCUUUCAACAAGAAGACCACGAGCCCAGCACUUCAACCUGCGGGACACACGAAAACAGCCACAGAUGCUGCUGCCUCCGUGCCUUCUGGUGGCAAGAAGGGUACUAAUUCUGGUGGGAACAGUAGUAAAGACGCGGCAGAUCAUAGUGAUAGUACUAGUUUAGUGCGGAGUUCCUCUGCCAAUUCCACCACUUCAAAAAUUUCGACGACAGGACCGCCAGUCGCGCAGCAACAAGAGAGCAGCAACAGCAAGACGAGUUCUCCUGGUACGACCGGAUCUAGUACUUCUGUCCAGCCAUGUCGAAAAAGAACAUCAGGUGUAGUUCGUGGUGGUGGGAACAAUUACUACCAACAAGCGAAUUACUGGCUGAGUGAUUCUUUCAUCUCGGCUGGAGCAGGAGCGGCUGGUGGUGCACCGGCUGUUUUUACGACCGAAAUGGAGCCCGGUAAUUCCCAUCAGGCGCAGGAUAUUAAUUCUCAUGAAAUGUUGGUCAUCCCACCUCACGACCACGAGCAGCAGGGUCUGUUGAAAAUAGAUCCCUACUCGAUGUUGUUGAGCGACGGUGUCUAUGAAGUGCAAAAGUAUCGUACUCGUAUAAAUGCAUGACAAAUUCCCUCAGCGUGAGAAAUGAAAUUUGUAAUGCGGAUUUGCCUUGAGAAAAAAACUUGUAAUGCAUGAUUGCAAUUACUACGAGUGCGAUACUUUUGCACAGGAUAGUGUCACCACUUUUCCGCUGCAGGAGUACUACUUUCACGACCCGCAGUAUGGAGAGAAAAAAGUUUGUCACAGUCACCAACUUGGAGGUUUUGCAUUACAAAUUUUUUUUAGCAUCUUCACAGCUUUUAUUCCUUGUAUUGCAGAACCACUAAGGGAAAUCCCGCAUGCAGUUUGGCUGUGAUGCAUGUUUACGCAUGACAGGCGUCUUUUGUAUUGCAAAAAUGCCCAUGAGUGAUCGUGACGAAGUUUUUUUUUUUGAUACGCAGAUGAUGCUUUUCGAGACCCCCUGCUACGAGAACAACGGCAUCCAAGCCUACCCGCCCCCGAGUAGGAACAUGAAACAUCCCGCAUCUACUAGUACCACUGCAAGAACCGCGAUUAAAAGUUCUACGGCCAAGAAGCAGCGACAAGAAUCACGGGCGACAAGAACAAAAUUAAGCAGUUCUAGUACUGUCCCGCUGAAUCCCGCUGCUCCGGCUUUCCACCCGGCUAGUGCUUGUCUCUCGACGUCGGUCGUGUCACAACCCAAAUCGCCGGCGGGGUCGGUGGAAUUGGUUGCCGGCGAGGUCGUAUCUUUGAGUACUUCUAAGGGGAAGAACAGGAACACCAGUUGUACUAAUUCCAGCUCGGAGGGGAAGAAGAUACACACCGUGGUAAACAAAUCCUACGCGUCUGUAGUUGCGGCGAGCAGGCACGUUGCUGGGAAGGCGAGGAAGCCGCAAGAACAGAGAAGUGCCACCACCUCGACUAUAAAGCGGAAGGCCCCAGGGGGCGGUCGUGCACCAACCGUACUACAGGAAUCAUCUGCGAAGCCUGCGAAGAUUGGAGGCAGUGCAAUUGAUAUGUCGCAGGUGAAAACAACUACAUCUCUUUCAACUUCUGAAGUAGGCAAUAAAGCAGCUAGUAGUAGUCCUCCGGGUGGUGCACCAGCGGCCACGAACAGGAUGAACAUAAAGUCGUAUGCCACCGUGCUGAAAACAGGAGGAGUGACCGGGUCUCCUUCUGCAGUUAAUAUUUCUGUUGCACAAAAUCAAAAUAAAACCACAGCUCCUGUGUCAGUCUCAGUCAGCAAAACACGCUACGCGGUAAAGAGUACCAGUAGUACGCCGGUCGACGACGUUGACGAGGUGUCAACCAGUAUCAGUAUCUCCAGUCCCGCGUGUCGGGGGGAUCAUCAUGCGAGUAGUUGCUCUGUAGUCGAAGCUGCUGAACUACAAAACGAUCAUGAUCUUGGCACGAGGAGGACAACUGCUGCUCUCCACAUAGUCCCUAAAAAUGACAAGACUUCUACAUCUACACCAGAUGAAACACCAGCAACAGAAAAAACUACACCACCAACGCUUGCGGAAGAAGAAGAAGAAGAGCCAGCAGGAAACAGUGUGACGGACCAUUUGGCGAAGAGUAAGAAAAACAGCAAGGAAAUAGCGAAACGGCCUCCCGGAGAGCAGUUUCAGUGAUGAGUUAAAAAGCUAAAAUGAAUUAUCGGAGGGGCCGGGACUAUACCUCGCACUGUUAGGACUAGUGGUGCAUCUACUUCCGGUGCGCCGGUAUAGUGGUUUUGUUUUUGGGAAGAGUAGACUCGUCUACCUCUUGUUCCCUGUAGCAAGAUUGAUUUUCGACUGUCAAUUUUUCCAAGCGUAGUUCGUGGAGAUCAACAACGAACUCUGUGAGAGCUCCGUGAGAAGUAGACUGCUUUAUGUACUAGCGCCGUGGUUCUUCCAGAAGUGUGGCUGGAACAAUAGAAUUUGGCAACGACAGUAAAGAAGGAAAUGCAGCGCAGAAACCAUCAAAAUUUUCAACCAAGUCGCGAACCGGAAUCAUGGCUAAAGACAUCAAGUGCUAUGUAUCGGCAAGGAUUCUUGUAGAGAGAAGAUAACUAGAACUAGUAGACAAAGGUCCUAUAUAAACGUCUAACGUCUUUUUUGAAAAAGGGUCCUGCUGCUCCCCGCUCUGGAGCAGCCAUCGCGCACGACAUUUUCUAUUCUAACGAAGGAUUACUUUUACAGCCAAAGGUAGCUAGUUCACAGAAAAAAAUUUUGCAUAGAAGUUCAGGCGAAAGAGAAAAAUGUGCGAAAUAUAGAAGGUGCGACGACGCAAGAGACUGCGACUUGUGUUGAUUAUAAUUGUGUACAAAAAAGCAUCAAAGCGAUCCACACGGUGAAGUGAUUUUUUCUUUCUGCUUGACUGCUUCGGGGCACUGCUGUGCAGGUUUCUCUUGAAG